AUGGCGAGUGUCUCGCCAGCCGGCAAGCGUGGAGCGUCUCCUCGUCGCUUUUCCGGUUUUUUUGCACCUGCCUCUUCUCCUCCUGGCUCUUUGGCCGCGGUGGACGAAGAGUGCGUCGCUGCAGGCGUUCUUCCUGUGUGCCGAGUGGGAGACCGCGUCCUCGCGCUCUUCUACAACGCGACAGGCGGAAAAAAGAAGAACUUCCUCGUCGACUUUGGGGGCUGCAAGGAGCGCUCUUCCUCGCAGUCCUCUCCUUCGCCCUCGACGCCCACCUUGUGCCGUCAGUCGUCUCCAGUCCCCCCUGCCGAUGCUCAAAUCUCUUCUGGCGCCUCUGCUUUGUCUCUUUCUUCUUCUCUUUCUGUGCCUGGAGAGGAGCAUGCGCGGCUAGAGGCGAGAAAGAAAGGGGGGACAAAGCAGGGGCCGGGGUGGGAAGCUGACGACGCAUGCGCUGCCCGAGAGGUCUGGGAAGAGACAGACCAGCUGUGGGGCCUCGUGGCCAGUCAUCUGCAUGCGCAGCCGCAUUUCCGGAAGCGACGAAGAGAAGACGCCGGGAAAGGUCGAGAAGGCAGAGAACGUGGAGGAAACGUGCCGCAGGCAGCAGGCGACUCGGGGGGCGACCGCGCGCAAACAGGCAAGCAAGAAAAGGACAAGACACAUUCGAAGAAAACGGAGGCAGAGGACAGCGACCUGGAACUGGAGGAAAACAGGAAAAGAUGGAGAGACGAAGUUUGCUCUUGGCUAACAUCUCUACCCACACUCGCGUCUUUCUCACGAUCCAAGUACCGAUGUUUCAUCAAGCCAUUUCCAGCUUUUUUCCCACUCCUCUUCAUGAACCUGCGAGGCGAAGAAGGCGACGGCGGGCUCCGCAAUCGACGCUUCGUCUGGGUGGACGUGGAUGCUCUCGUUCCGGACGAAGUUCGCGUCGCCGAGAGCCGCGCAGAGCUAGGAAAACGCGGCGCGAGUGACGAAGCGAAGGAACCGAGGCCGCCCGCGUGCAGGGCACUCGAACGCGUCGCGCGCCAGCCAGACGCAGAAGAGGACGACCGUGACAAGCGAGAGCACGAAGGAAGAGAAGGAAGAGUGCCCGGAGUGGGGACCGAAAUCGGAACAGAGAAAACGACAGAGGGCCUCCGCCAGAGCCAAACGAAGCCGCGCGUCUCUCCCGCGCCGUGCUCGCUUCCGCCCCUCCACUAUCGUCUCAGACACCCACAGCUUGGGGCGAUCCUCCAGGACGUCAAGCGCAAACUCCAGGAGAACGACGGGCGCACGCCGGCAGGGAAACUCUCUUCACCUCUCGCUUCUCUUGCCCGUCGUUCUUCGUCCUCUCCAUCUUCAGCUUACUCGACCUGCUGCUCGUCUCCUCCCUCCUCGUCUCCCUGUGCUUCCUCUCCUUCCUCUCUUUCUCCUUCUCCGUUCUCUUUGUCUCCUUUCUCUUUUGCCUCUGGCAGCGCUUCCUUUCGUGCUGGAUCGCCUCGGCCAGGGCAGCCUCUUCUGUCUCUUCUGCUGCCGUCUCGAGGCCGCGUGCUCGACCGUAGAGAGGACGUAGAAGACUACCUCCUGGCGCACGUGUUCGGCUUGCUCUCGCGCUGUCGGGCCGUGCCGGAGACGACGCAGGCAGGAAAGCGCGAAGGGGGGAGCGACGGGAGAGGCGAAGCGGAGAGAGAGAGAAGCGAACGCAGUGCGGCGGAAGGACGCCAAGCAGAGAGCGAAGAAGCCAGAAACAGAAAACGGUGGCUUUUCCCGAACUUCCACGGCGCGCCAACGGCGCUGGGGCGACUGACGAAAAGCGAAGACUGGCGACACGCAUCGGUCAUCUGGAUCGACCCCGGUCUCCCGGGGAAAGAGGCGCUCCUCGACGGCACGCUGCUGGCUCUCAUGCGAGAAGACGAGCUGGCUACCAAGACAUUCCUCACUCUCCCCUCGUUCUGGGAGACCAGCGAAGAGGGAGAGAAAGAGAAAGCAGAAGAGAGAGAAGCAGAGAGGAAAGGAAAAGGAGAGAGAGAAGAGACAGAAGAGAGCGAAGAGGCAGCAAGGACCCCAAAGUUUGGCGACGACUCCGCGCCUUCGUCAGCACCACCAGGGGAGGAGAGGAAGGUGUUUUUGGUGUUGAAGGCGAGAGACGCGGCAGGAGAACAUCGGGAGCUGUUUGCGGUCGACGAAAAACCCUUGGAAGACCUCCAGAGCUUUCAAGUCGACAUUGCCGUGGUGGGCUGCGGCGCUGUGACUCCGGACGGCCUGCUGCUUGGUCGCCCCCGCGCCGCUGAACCUCGGUCGCCGGCAGCAGUGUGGACUGUCGCGCACGAUUUGCAGGUUCUCGAAGGUUUCCUUCCUCUCUCUUCGCCGCCCGCGCAGCGCCUUCGCGCCGCCCAAACCUCGUGCGGAGAAACGCGUGAGGCAGGCGGCCAGACAGCGGGUCUAGGAGACGCAGGCGCCGAAGUGAGGAGACAGACAGUGCGCAUCAGCGACCGGUUCGAGGCAGAAGCGCAACGCGUUGCAGCGGAGGCGAAGCGUCUCGGCGGUGAAGAGGAGAAAGGCCAUGCGCCCGUGCAUGGCAACGCAGACUCGCAGCGGUCGCCAGAUUCUCUUCAAAUUCGGGAAAAAGGCGAAGAGAGCGCCCCGUGCUCCGACGUUUGCGCAGAAAAGCGAGUGCCGCUGGGGAGUGGAGGCCUUGUGUCUUUUCUUGCGCACGCAGUCGAGCAAAUAAACCGAGAAAUCCUGUCCGGACAAGCGUUUUCAAGCGCUUGGGGAAGGCGGCGAGGAGCGGCGGAGCAACGCGAGAAGGAGCGUGAGAAGGAACGCGAGAAUGUCCGCGUGCGGCGCGGAGAUGAGCCAGUUCUGGACAGAGCGGACAAAAUUGCUACGCCCUCCAGAUGCUGGUUCCCGCAAACAACGCAGUGA